UUAAUCAGCUGUCAAGCAAGCUGCAUUUUCUUUUAACAAAAGUGUUGUGUCUUGUGUCGAGACGAGUCGAGAAAUCGUAUCGUUCGUUUGCUGGCUAGUUUUGCAAUACCAGCACAAAAAAGCCAUAAAGUUUUGUUAUUGCUAAAUGUUUAAUCCGGUUGUGCGUUACAGUUCGGUGCAGUGAACAGUUUUCCGCUUUAAAAACGAGCAUAAAUUUAGCUAGUAGUAGACAGUAACAGAUACCUACUACAGCAGGAUAAGAUUAACACUGUGUCAGCGGAUAGAGUACGGUCGUGAGUUCGGUCUCGGUUGCUGGAGCGUGAAAAGCAAGACAGCGGCAGCAGCAGCAGCAGUAGAAGCAAAAUGAACAGCUUAGUAAGAGUGUUUAGCAAUUUUAGAGAAUUCUACAGUGAGAUCAACGGUGCUACCCUGACGGGGGCCAUCGAUGUGGUCAUCGUAGAACAACCGGAUGGAUCGUUUUUGUGUUCACCAUUUCACGUGCGUUUCGGAAAGCUGGGAGUUUUGCGAAGCCGCGAAAAGAUCGUCGACAUCGAGGUCAACGGUGAACCGGUAGAUAUCCAUAUGAAAUUAGGAGAAUCCGGUGAAGCAUUUUUCGUCGAAGAAUGCCCCGAAGAGGAUGGCGAUGUUCCGGCGCACAUGGCGACGUCGCCCAUACCGAGCAGUUCCUUCGAUGCAAACUUCGAAAGCUCGAUCACCAACGUCGUUGGCAAGGAGGAUGUCGUCAUUCCUAGACCGAGGCGAAAUUCGAUCGAUUUUUCGAAGGAAAUUACCGAGACAGAAAAGGCUAAGUUUGAAAAUCAAAACUCCGACUACAGCCACCGGAGGCACACAGACAACACAACCGGCCGGCCGGAUUUGACCUUGUCGAAGAAGGAGUACACUACCCAGAAGCUUCGCCAGGAAUGGGCUGAAGUAGAGCAAGAGCAGAUGUUUCAAAUGGAAGAAAUUGAUGUUCCGACUAGCAAUUGGACAAACAGUACUCCUCUACCUCCAAGUGAAGUACAAGAGAUGCAUUUCAAACCGAUUGAGGCAGCGCCACCAUCGGCGGAAUCAAAACCAAUCCCCACCGAACCGGUGGCACCUAACGAAGAGCAGCAGAGCUCAACCGUAGACGACAAACUGAACAGUGACUCUAAAUCGAAGAAAAAACGCCGAAAGAAGUCAAUCAUGAAAAAGAAAAACUCCCAGCGCAAAAGCUCGACCAGCAGCUCGGGUGGGUCGAAUCAUUCGGACCCGAACGACGGAGCGGAAACGGACAGUGUGACUGCUUCGCAGCAAACCGCUUCGUCCGCCAGUGGAUCUCCGAAAGAAAACGAGCAGGAAACCGGCAGCGAUGCUCAACCGAACGCUAGCGAGCUCGCGGAGGCAUCGCAGGUCGAAGUCGAAAGCGACCUCAAAAGUGCCAUAGAGCAACCCUCGAACCCGCGGGUCCACGAGCUGGACAUUCAUUUUUUCAGCGAUACGGAAAUCGCUACCGGGCUCAGCCCGCGCCAGUCUCGUCCGUCGACCCCGGUGCAGAGCGAUACGGAGUUUGAAAUUUCCCAACGCGACAAUAACAAAGAUGAGAGCAUGUCAGCCUCCUGGAAAUGGGGCGAGCUCCCAACGAAACCCGAGGAACCAGAAGAUCUCUCCGACAACCAGACCAAGCGAACGAUGCUCAGCGGACUGAUGAGCUUCAUGAAGUAUAACAAAAAACUACGCAAAAAUGUUCCGGACGGGCUGUACCUGUCCGAUUUUGAUGAAUCGCUAGAUCCGGAAGUAGCAGCUCUCUAUUUUCCACCGUCGUCUUCCAAAGCGCAGCAGACGCAAAACGAGGAGGACAGAGAAAGUGGAAACGGUACCUCACUGCCACAUAGCCCGACCUCGUUGGAGGGAGUCAAAAGUCUGGAUUCGGACUUUGACGAUAAGAUUGAUAAGCAAUCGCUAGAUUUCAUUGCCAUGUCGCUGUGCGGUGGGCUGGAAAACGGUACACCUUCGAAUGAGGAAUUCGAAAAGCACAGACUACACUACGCAGACGUUUGCGCUAAUCCGAUUAUAUUCUCUUCCCCGGAGCUGGUUGUUCGUAUCAACGAUAAAUAUUUCACCUGGGCAGCCGCUUGCCCCCAGGUAAUGACAAUGUUAGCAUUUCAAAAGACGCUUCCGAAUGACUUCGGGGAUGCUUCCAAGUUGCAACCGGCGAAAGGGAUCGCGGAGGUUCCCAAGCAGAAUGCCCAGCCGAAUGCCGCAACUGAACCACCAGCCAACACGCGGUGGUGGAUUUGGCGUCGGUCUAACGGACGGAAAUCGGACGGCGAACCCGAGCAGCCUUCCCUGGAGGAAUCGAGAUCGUCUGCGGUGGCCACACAAACGUCUCGUUCUAACUCGCCGGAUGACCCGCCGGCUCCGCCAUCGGCGGCGCCAGAAAGUAUCCCUAAAGUGAAGGACGCCAAGGAAGAUAGCUACAAUGGUUCCUUAGACUCGGAAAGUUUGGAGCUGCCGGUCGAACCGAACAUGGCCCUUGAGAGCAUCACCUACAGUGAGCCCAGCGCCGUUUCGGUAGAAAAGUAUCGCAAAACACUGCGUCUUUCGUCGGACCAAAUCGACAGUCUGAAUCUGAUCGACGGGGUGAAUGAGAUGGUUUUUAGCGUCACCACUGCUUACCAGGGAACCUCCCGCUGCAAGUGCUACGUGUUCAAGUGGAGAUACAACGAUAAGGUUGUUAUCUCCGACAUCGACGGGACUAUCACGAAAUCUGACGUGUUGGGUCACAUUCUACCGAUGGUAGGAAAAAAUUGGGAACAAAUUGGCGUGGCACAAUUGUUUUCGAAAAUCGAGGAAAAUGGGUACAAAAUGUUGUACCUUUCGGCGCGCGCUAUUGGACAGGCGAAGACAACACGCGGCUACCUUCAGUCGAUCAAGCAAGGCGAUGUUAAGCUACCAGACGGACCGUUGCUGCUGAAUCCUACCUCACUGAUGUCGGCUUUCCACCGCGAGGUGAUCGAAAAGAAACCGGAACAGUUCAAGAUAGCCUGCUUGAGCGACAUUCAGGCUUUGUUUCCCGAUAAGAAUCCUUUCUACGCUGGUUAUGGUAAUAGAAUCAAUGAUGUGUGGGCCUACCGAGCAGUUGGGAUACCGAUUUCACGAAUUUUCACCAUCAACACUAAGGGAGAGCUUAAGCACGAACUCACGCAAACAUUCCAAUCAACCUACGCGAAUAUGGCAUACAUCGUGGACCAACUGUUUCCGCCCAUCAAACACAUCGAGGAGGAAGACAGCGAAUAUACCAGUUUCAACUACUGGCGGGAUCCAGUACCGGAUAUAGAUUUGAAUCUAGACCUAUCCAGCAAUUCUCAGCAGGGCGGCAACGUUAGUACGGCCGCCCUCAACACCACUAGCGGUGGUGCACUUCCGUACGAGAAAGUGACUCCGACGAGCACCCUAAUACAGCAGGCACUACCGACGAUUCCAGAAAACUCAAUCCAUUAAACACAACAACCACUGGGCUUGCAAAUCUGUGUAGGUUUUUAUAACUAAAAUAUCCACAUAAAACUAGAAUACUAAAAUAACAAACAGCUUCAUGUGACUUGAACCAAAUCCGUUAAUGUCAUUAUCAUGUAAGGAGCUUCAAUUAUUGUGUAACGCAUCACUGGGUGACAAGCGUAGUACGAAAGCUAGGAAACAGCUCAAUAUGUUACAGUUCGUCUAUAGUUAUAUACCCUUAAUACUGUAUCCGUGAAAGCAGCGGGACUAAUUUCAACUAUUUAGAUAGCAUACAUGAACAAAUCGUGAACAGCUGUUUUAGACGUUAUGUUUAGAUUUAGUUUUCCUUACAUCUAAAUUAUGUUCUCAGUUAAAACUCGAGAACAAGUGCGCCGAUUAAACCAACGGUCCAUACCAGAGCUAGGAAAAAAAAUGUGAUAAAAAUUAUUUCUAUUUAUGUUUACUUUGAUAGGCAGAUUAGCAAAGUUGAAAGAAAAACGAAACAGUUCUCGUACUAAUAAUUGUUUGAACGUUAGUUUUCGGUGCGCGUAUUUUUCUUCUGAUUCUGAUGUUAAGUUAAUCACUAACAGGAAUUAUUCACAGCAUAAACCUUUGUCAAGCAUACCUAUUAGGACUAGCGCUACAAAAUACUAGUAUAUCGUGGCCGUAUUGAAAUUACUCGAACGUUGAAUAAACGCUAAAU